UCUCUCUCUUUUGUUUCUUUUUACUCCUUAAAUAUGAAUACACAACAAAGUACAGUUUUAAAUGAUUUCAAAUAUUUAGUUUAUUUCGUAUGCUUGGUUUUCCUUGAAUACAUUUAUCGUGUAUUUAUUUUAAUACCCUUAUCCACAGUACAAGCAUAUGCUAAGCAUCCUAUUUUCAUUUCACUUAUUGUGGUGUUUCUGUUUCCAACCUAUCUUGUUGCACAAUGCAUUAUCACUGCAGUGAAGCAUAUGAUUAAGAUUAUCAUUCUACCAAAAGAACAGAAAUACCUCUUCAUUGUCAACUUUUUUUUUGGAUAUACAAAUCCCUUUGCAACUCAUCUUCAGCGACAAGAAAACAUGACUCCCUCCGAGAACGGUGAUAUACAAAAAUACUUAGAGAGGUGUUCUAUUUGUUUUGAUGCAAAAUUAGAUUUAUGCCUCGAAUACUGCAGAGACCAAUUUUGUACAGAUUGCUUUCAAAAAUACGUAACUGAAGUGGUCAAGUCAAGUUGGGGACUUGGUGUGACAAAAAUUCGCUGUCCUGUUUGCAAAACUCAUAUUCCUCAAAACGAGUGGACAAAGCAUGUACCAGAAAGCAUAAUUGAACUCUACAACAAAUUCAACCAGCCUUAUCGAACAUUUUCAAGACACUGCCCUCAUUGUGAAACGGAAAUGACUCCAUGUGAUUUUGGACAACACUCGGCUCAAAAAAAUUUAUCAAAUGAAAUAGGAUUGAUGUUGCAGGACUUUUCAGAUCAGACCUUUGCAAUGUUUGUGCGCAUCUUUUGUAAAUCAGAAUGGCGCAAUUCGACUCUGCCUCAAAUUCACCAUCAAUUGAUAGAGCAACUCUUGACUACAACAAAUGAAAUAGAUAAAGUCAAGACCAUUUCCAUGAAAAUGUUAAAAUUAGGAGUGAGGUCUGAUACUUGGAAAAAGCUUCAAUUUGAUCAUAUUUUCUUUUUCCCAAAUAUUCAAUGCUCAACUUGUGAUCUAUCUUUUUGUUUACAAUGUGGAGAUGAUACACACAAAGACUUGACAUGUGAGGAAAACAUGAAACAGCGUAUUCUUCAACAACAACAAACAAGCCAUGGCGAUGAUGUACAAUCUUUAAAAUGGAAACUGGAGCAUAGCCGAAAAUGUCCUUGUUGCUCUAUUAUGAUUCAACGUGAUGAAGGCUGUAAUAAGGUAGAAUGUACAAUGUGCGGAUUUAGCUUUUGUUGGGAGUGUCGACUACCAUGGUCAGAGAAUUGUGGUUAUUUUGUUUGUGCGACAAAUAAAAAGGACUAUGUAAGACUGACUAGACAAGGUGACUCAAACAGAGCAAGUACUUAGCAUUAAAUGAUUUCCAAAUUAAUUUUAUGUUUAAAAUAGACUGAAUUAGGAGUGCCAAAUAUAAAUCAUAUCUUUAUUUGAAGGAGACGAGCGGCUCUCUCUUAUUUUUACAUUGUGUAAAAAAAAAAAGAAAAAAAAUUACAUGUUAUUAUCUUCAUGCGAACCAGUAAUUUCUUUAUAUGAUUCUGAAGCUAAAAUUAAGUCGUACGGAUACUCCUUUAAAACGGCAU